CUGAGUUCUGCAUCUACUCCAUAGUGACAUGGUCUUUCUUGUUCUUUUCUUCUCUUACCCAUUACUUUUUUCUUUUUAUUUUCUAAACAUUCAUUCUUUUAUUGAUAUAGCUCCUUCCAUUAUUUCUUUUUCAUUCUCACAGCCUUGCUCCGCACACACUUACUUGCGGACACUCUUUUCUUCUUCUCUUGACGACACAUCGCUCUAUCAACUGCAACUUGAUUCCUUGCCUCAUUCAUACCUCCUACUCCCUCGUCCCAAGAGCGUCUUAUAACCAUGGUUGGACUCACUUCUGCUGCCGGAGUCAUUGCUCUCCUCGAUGAACAGGACGAUGAUCUUAAGGUCUAUGCCCUUCAAAAACUGAACGGGCUUGUGGAUCAGUUUUGGGCAGAAAUAUCGGAUUCAGUUUCCAAGAUUGAAAUUAUGUACGAGGAUACUGAGUUCAAGGAUAGACAGUUGGCAGCAUUGGUUGCCUCCAAGGUUUACUAUCAUUUGGGCGAAUUUGAUGACUCCCUCAACUUUGCGCUUGGAGCUGGAAAUCUCUUUGACCUCUUCUUAAAGUCGGAAUACGUUGAUACUAUUGUCUCUAAAUGUAUCGAUAAGUAUAUCGCUCUCCGGACUCAGGAGCAACAAGAACAAAGUGCAGAACCCUUGGACCCCAGGCUCAAAGAUGUGGUAGAAAAGAUGUUUGAUCGCUGCUACCAGGAUGGAGAGUACAAGCAGGCCGUAGGAAUUGCGUUGGAAUCGCACCGUCUGGAUGUUGUGGAAUACUCAAUUAAGGCUGGCGGCCCCUCAAACAUUCUUCCUUAUGUGUAUGAAUUGGCUAUGACGGUUGUUCUUGACCAGACAUAUCGUAACACACUCUUGCAGCUCCUCGUUGACCAGUUCCGAAAGUUGGAAGAACCCGAUUAUGUCUCCAUCAACCAAUGCCUUGUGCAUCUGGGUGAUCAUCAAGCCAGUGCAGAGUUGCUUCAAAGCCUUGUCAACACUGAUGUGCAGACUGAUUUGUUGAUGGCGUAUCAGCUUGCAUUUGAUCUCGAGAACAAUGCUACACAAAAGUACUUGAAAAAAGUGGCAACUGCUCUCCCGUCUGAUCCUAAUGAGAAGUACGAAAGAAUCAAAUCUAUCCUUUCAGGGAAGGAGACUAUCAGACUUCAAUUGGAAUUUCUUUGUCGCAAUAACCACACAGAUAUGCUUAUUCUCAAGAAUUCCAAAACGGUACUCGAUGCACGUCUUUCCAUCUACCACUCUGCAGUUACAUUUGCAAAUGCUUUCAUGAAUGCCGGUACAACGAGCGAUGAUUUCUUGAGACAGAACCUGGAGUGGCUUUCUCGCGCCACAAACUGGUCGAAGUUCAGCGCGACAGCUGCUCUGGGCGUUAUCCAUAAAGGUCAUCUUGCUCAAGGAAUGACAAUGCUUGCACCUUAUCUCCCACAGGACGGCGUUACAGCCAGCCCUUAUUCGGAAGGAGGCUCUCUCUUUGCUCUCGGGCUCAUUCAUGCCAACCAUGGAGAUGAAGUUCUGGACUACUUGCGCGGGGUCCUGAAAAACACACAGAUUGAGGUAUUGCAACAUGGUGCUUGCUUGGGUCUUGGAACUGCAGGAAUGGCAACGGAUAACAAUGAUAUCUAUGAAGAGUUAAGAAGCGUCCUCUUCAGCGACAGCGCGAUUGGUGGUGAGGCUGCUGGUCUCGCAAUGGGAAUGGUGAUGCUUGGUACCGCAUCAGAAAAAGCCUUGGAUGAGAUGCUGCAAUAUGCACAUGAAACUCAGCAUGAGAAGAUCAUUCGCGGAUUGGCAGUGGGUAUCUCUCUGGUGAUGUACGGCAAGGAGGAUGCGGCUGAUGUUUUGAUUGAGAAGCUUGCAGCAGAUAAGGAUCCUAUUUUGCGAUACGGUGGAAUGUACACUAUUGCUAUGGCUUACUGUGGUACUGGAAACAACAAGGCUAUUCGCCGCCUUCUACAUGUUGCUGUCAGUGACGUCAACGACGAUGUAAGACGUGCGGCUGUCACCGCUCUCGGUUUUAUCCUUUUCCGAUCCCAUAAGCAGGUGCCACGCAUUGUUCAGCUCCUCUCUGAGAGCUACAAUCCACAUGUGCGCUAUGGUGCGUGCUUGGCCCUUGGAAUCUCUUGCGCAGGAACUGGCUCACUUGAGGCAAUCGAACUGCUAGAACCAAUGGCUAAGGACAAUGUGGACUUUGUCCGCCAAGGCGCUUUUAUUGCAUUGGCUAUGAUUUUGAUGCAGCAGAACGAAGUACAGAACCCAAAGUCUGCGGCUGUUCGUACAAUGUACGAGGAAGUUAUCAAGAAGAAGAAUGAGGAUGCUCUUACCAAGUUUGGAGCUGUCCUUGGGCAGGGUAUCAUUGACGCAGGUGGAAGAAAUGUCACAAUCUCGUUGCAAUCUCGUUCUGGUCAUUCAAACAUGCCAGCUAUUGUUGGUGUAGCCCUGUUCACACAAUUCUGGUACUGGUACCCCGCCAGUCACUUCUUGAGUUUGGCGUUUACACCAACUGCCAUAAUUGGAGUGAACGCUGACUUGAAUAUGCCAACGAUUGAAUUUACGUCAAACGCAAGGCCUUCUCUAUUUGCAUACAUUCCACCUACUAAGCCCCCAACUGCCACUGUUGUGGAAAAGGUGGCUACAGCAGUUUUGUCAACAACAGCUAAGGCCCAGGCCAAGGCUAAGAAGGCAAAGACAGCAGAACCAGAGGCCAUGGAAGAAGACGAGAAGCCGGAGGAGAAGUCAGAGGAGGCAAAGGAUGAAGAAGCUAAAGCCGCAGCCAAGCCUAAAAAAGAGCCUCAGUCAGAGAAGCUAGGCAACCUUGCACGUGUUCUUCCUGCUCAACUUAAAUACAUCUCAUUCGACAAGGAGGCGCGCUAUGUCCCAGUCAAGAAGGAUGUUACUGGUGGCAUUGUAGUACUGUUGGACAACAGGCCCGGUGAACCCGAGAUGCUGCUCUUAACGAGGGCCACAACUGCUGGCGCUGCAGCUCCUGCUUCAGACAACAAGAUGGAAGUGGAAGAGGAGGAGGCGCCUAUGCCAGAACCAUUUACCUAUCCAUUUGAUCGAAACUAAGUAAACGUGAUGAUUCUCCUUCUGUUAUCAAGCCGGAUUAAAAUAAAAUAAAAUAAAAAGUAAAAGUAAAAAGUAAAAAGUACAAUAAAACAUUGAUAAAGC